AUGCUUUCUUUCUUUGUAAGAGAGGUCUCCAACAAUCUGUCUCAUGGUUCUAUACGUUGGACACCUGAUGCUUUAUUGGCAAUUCAAGAGGCAGCAGAGGAUCAUUUAGUUCAUCUGUUUGAAGAUUCCAUGCUCUGUGCAAUUCAUGCAAAGCGUGUCACUCUCAUUGGCACUGUUACAUCUUCUACUUUGAGUUUCAGCCAGUCUUUGACGGUUGUACCAUUACAUUGCACACAAUAUUGUAACAAACCUGUUUCAUUUGCUUUUGUUUCCUCAGUGAAGAAGGAUUUCGAGCUGGCUCGUCGAAUUGGAGAUUCUCAAGGUACGUCUUCUACUGCAUGCUCAUUGAUUAUGCUUGUGAUCUGCAUGCAGAUCUUUGGGUUGACACUUACAGGGAAGACCAUUCCUCUUGAAGUUGAGAGCUACGAUACCAUAGACAAUGUCAAAGCCCUUAUUAAGGACAAGGAAGGGAUACCACCUGAGCAGCAGAGUCUUAUCUUUUCUGGGAAGAAACUUGAGGAUGGUAGGACGCUGGCAGACUAUGACAUCCAGAAAGAAUCCACUCUGCAUUUGAUUCUGCGUUUAAGGGGUGGCAUGCAGAUAUUUGUGAAAACCCUUACUGGCAAGACUGUCACCCUUGAGGUGGAGAGCUCGGACAUUAUUGAUAUUGUCAAGACUAAGAUACAGGAUAAGGAGGGGAUUCCGCCUGACCAGCAGAGGCUUAUAUUUGCUGGAAAGCAGUUGGAAGAUGGUAGGACUUUGGCCGAUUACAACAUCCAGAAGGAAUCUACUUUGCACCUUGUUCUUCGAUUAAGGGGCAAAGAUUCAAGACAAAGAGGGAAUUCGACCAGACCAGCAGAGGCUUAUAUUUGCUGGAAAGCAGUUGGAAGAUGGUAG